AUGGGGAAAACCACCGAGGACCCCAAAAACUCCAGGCGCAAUCUCCUCGACGAUAGCGACUCAGAAUCAGAAGAUGGAGGUGCUGCUAUUGCUGCGCCUGACUUCAAGGUGAACGAAGAUUUUGCCCGCCGUUUCGAGCACAACAAGAAGCGAGAAGAGAGGCAAAGGCUGGAGGAGAAGUACAAGAAGACCGGAAAACAGCCCGACGAUGAUGACGAAUCUUCUUCCUCCGAUGAGGAAGAAGAUGAGGCAGGCUUCCUUGCUACAGAGGACCUCGACGCCCAGAUCUCUGCAACCCUUCAAGCCAUUCGCAACAAGGACCCAAAAGUCUACGACAAGGAAGUCACAUUCUACAAGACCGAUGAUCCCACCGCGAUAACACCCGACAAGGAAAGGAAGGAAAAGCCAGUCUACUUGAAGGAUUACCACCGAGAAAAGUACCUGCGAGGUGAUACAGGUGCCGAAGAUGUUGAAGAGGAUGUUCCCAUGACCUACAACCAAGAACAAGACGUUCUCAAGAAAUCAAUUGUAGCCGAGAUGCAUGCCGCUGUUGACGACGACUCUGACGAAGAGGACGGUGGCUUCAUGAAACGAAAGCCAUCAGAAAAGCCAAAAGUAGACUCGAACGGCCUACAUCCCUCUCGAAAAGCGGCCAUCACUCUCACCGAAGUUGACAUUGCCAAUGCCGACAAGGAUCCCGAGAACUUUUUGUCAAAUUUCAUGAGCGCACGCGCAUGGGUCCCACCGGAUGGCUCCAACUGGAAGGCUUUUGAGUCAGACGAAGGAGAAGAUGAUGAUGAUCGCGCCGACGAGUUCGAGCAGGCAUACAACUUGCGAUUCGAAGACCCGGAGCGAAGCAACGAAUUCCUUCGAUCCUAUGCUCGUGAUGUUGCCGCGGCCAAGUCGGUCAGACGUGAGGAGAAGAGCGGCCGCAAGCGCCAGCGUGAGCUCGAGCGUGAGCGCAAGGAGGCCGAGAAGAAGGAGAGACGGGAGGAAAAGUCCCGCCUAAAGAAACUUAAGCUUGAUGAGGCCCAGGAGAAAUUGCGCAAGAUCAAGCGCACAGCUGGGAGUGCAGGCAAGGAUCUCACUGACGAGGACUGGAUCAAGUUCCUCGAUGACGCCUGGGAGGACGACAAAUGGGAGGAAGAGAUGAGGAAGCGAUUUGGGGACGACUACUAUGCUCAGAAAGACGAUGCUAUCGUGUCGGAUCAAGAGGCAGAGGAAGAAGAUGGUGGGAAGAAAUCAAAGCACCCUAAGAAGCCAAAGUGGGACGACGAUAUCGAUAUCAAGGACAUCAUCCCGGAUUUUGAAGACGAGGUAGAGAAGCCCAAGAUCAGCCUGAGCGAUGUCGAGGGUGAUGUCGCGGAGGAAGAGGAGGACGAAGAUGAGGACGGCCCAGCCUCUAAGAAGCGCAAGACAGAUCAUAAGAAGGCUCGCAAGGAAUCUCAGAAGCAAGCUCGCCAAGAGCGUGCCAAGCUUGAGGCCCUCGUUGACGCCAAACUUGAGCUCACCGACCACGCCCUCCUAAAGCAGCCUUCCCACGCCCCAUUCCGUUACCGCGAGACCUCCCCUCAAUCCUUUGGCAUGACUGCCCGCGACAUCCUUCUCGCCCCCUCAGACGCCGCUCUCAACGACUAUGCUGGUCUCAAGAAGCUCGCCACCUUCCGAGACCAAGAGAAGAAGCGAAAGGACAAGAAGCGUCUUGGCAAGAAGGCUCGUCUCCGCCAGUGGCGUCGCGAGAUCUUUGGCCGGGAGUACGAGCGAGAAGGCCCCACGUAUGGCUUUGAGCGCUUGAUCUCUGCUGACGAUGAGGCUGGUGGCGCUGUUAUUGAGCCUAAGAGUGACAAGAAGAGAAAGCAGAAGGCGGACGACGAGGACGGCAAUGUCGUUGGCGAUGUUGGCGAGAGGAAGAAGAAGCGAAAGAGAUCCAAGGGCAAGAAGAAUGCUUCUGCCGCCGCUACAGCGGAGGAAUAG